AUGAGGGGUCUGAAGCAUUCUUUCUUAGCAGCAGCAGCAGCAGCAGAAGAUGCAGCUGCAGAUACACCCGAAGGCGAAUUGCUGCAGCUUCGUCAAAAAGGAGACAAAGAAAAACAACAGGAAGAACGCGAAUACAAACAAUUCCUUCAUGCGAAGAAUGGAGAGAAAGGAAGUGCAUCGGAUUCAAUUUUAUCUCGUUUCUGGG